CCCGAGAUGGGGGGGCGAGCUUCUCUCGUCUAGGUAACCACACUCAGCUGCGCCUGCCCAGCCAGCCAGGACACGGGGGUAUUUAUCUUAUUUUAUUUGUUGUUUUCUCCUCCGCAUUUUGCUCGCCUGCUUUCUUUAAUCCUCGAAUGCAGAUGCCGACGCUGCCGCAGUCGCCUCCUCCGCAAGCACCAGCACCGCACCAUAAGGAGGAGGAGGAGCCGCAGCUGUGCUGUGGCCGCCUACUUCCGGUCUCAACAAGCAAGGAUCCGGCGCGGCGGCGCCAGCCUCUCUGCACCGCUCCACAGCUGCUGUCAGGUGCGCCUUCCCCUCUUGACUGAAGUAUUGCCUUUCUUGAUUGAUGCUGUAUUAUUAUUUCCCCUAUUAUUUAUCAGUAGUAAGCUGUUAAAGAUCCAUGCCGCUUCUGAUUAGCAUUCAAGCGUCUCGUAACUAAUACUAAUACUGUGGGGACCCGCACUGCUCUGACAUUAGAUUCAUACCGGCACUUGUUAACAUCUUCAUGUCUACCUCCUUGUUCUUUGCUCAUACAGAAGACAGCUCCUAGUGUUGAGCACUGGUACCUCUUUUAUGCUACCAUCUCCCUAUUUUAUGCUAAGUUUAUACCUUUGCCUCCUGGUGAUGACCUUUAAUUGCUGGUGUUCACAUCUCACUCCACAUGUCCUGAGUUCGAAUCCCCGUGGGAGCGAAUUUCAGGCUGUGGUUAAAAAAAUCCUCUCGCCGGUCCCGUGUGCCAAAGCACUGGUUAAGAGCCGGCCCAGGUCGGCCUGAGGACCGUGUAUGGCCCAGGCAAUUCCCAGGGGUUACGGUUCCCAGUGUCAGGGCGGGGCUGGUGUUCGGGGAUUUUCUCGGUCGGGGAAGCCGAGGCUUCUUCUUAGCUUAAUACCGGUGGGGCGGUCUUUCCCCACCAUAAACGGGUCUAGGGGGUAAAAACUUCCUGUGAGGAUGCUUAUGCUCACAUCUGUUCAAGUGUUGUUGACUGAGAUUUCAGUUUGCCACAACAGCGUAACAUGUUUGCUUAGUCCUUUUACAGAACCAAAUGGACACAUACAAAUGAAAAACGCGGUCCUUGUAUGUCACUAACUGCUGUUUGCUUCUGGUGUAAGAUGUGUGUCGCAUCGUACGUCUUCUUGCUCUUGCUUUCAACUGCAGCAGUUGCUGGCAUUUUUAUUUUGGUUGAUGCGACAUUAUUUUGACAAAAUGCAAGCAUCAUGCAUGUAUCUUCCUUUUCACUUGGAGAGGAUAUAGUUACUCCUUCCUCCUGCAGAGGCAGAGGCAGCCUUGUGACAUGGCAGAUCUGCAGACCCCUCUGGUGCGGCGUAAGAGGAAGAAGGUUCUCGUGGACUACUUGGUUCAGUUCCGAUGGAUUCUUGUUAUCUUUGUGGUCCUUCCAUUCUCUGCGCUGAUCUACCUCAACAUCUAUCUGGGAGAUAUGUGGUCUGCUAUGAAGUCAGAGAAACGCCGGCAGAAGGAGCAUGAGGAAAAUGUAGACAAAGUUGUGAAGCGGCUUAAGCAGAGGAAUCCAAAGAAGGAUGGCCUUGUUUGCACCGCUAGGAAGCCGUGGAUUGCUGUUGGUAUGCGCAACGUGGACUACAAGCGCGCAAGGCAUUUUGAGGUCGACCUUUCUGCAUUCAGGAACAUUCUUGAGAUUGAUAAAGAGAGGAUGAUCGCCAAGGUCGAGCCUCUGGUUAACAUGGGACAGAUAACUAGAGCCACCUGCCCGAUGAAUCUUGCCCUCGCUGUGGUUGCUGAGCUUGAUGACCUUACUGUUGGUGGUUUGAUCAACUGUUAUGGAAUCGAAGGGAGCUCUCACAUUUAUGGCCUGUUCUCUGACACGGUCAUUGCCAUGGAGGUUGUUCUAGCAGAUGGCCGAGUUGUCAGAGCUACCAAGGACAACGAGUACUCUGACCUGUUCUAUGGCAUGCCAUGGUCCCAGGGCACACUCGGGUUCCUAGUUUCUGCUGAAAUCAAACUCAUUCCCACCAAGGAAUACAUGAGGCUGACGUACACUCCUGUUAAGGGGACCUUGAAGGAAAUUGCACAGGCUUAUGCCGAUUCUUUCGCUCCAAGAGAUGGCAACAAGAUCAACCGUGUCGGGUGGUGGUUUAAGCCCUGGUUCUACCAGUAUGCGCAGGCAGCUCUGAAGAAGGGCGAGUUCAUGGAGUACAUUCCUACAAGGGAGUACUACCACCGGCACACCAGGUCCCUAUACUGGGAAGGGAAGCUGAUCUUGCCAUUCGGUGAUCAGUUCUGGUUCAGGUUCCUGCUUGGGUGGCUGAUGCCACCAAAGGUCUCCUUGCUCAAGUUGACCCAGGGAGAAGCUAUCAGGAACUACUACCACGACAGCCAUGUGAUUCAAGAUAUGCUGGUGCCGCUGUACAAAGUAGGGGAGGCUCUCGAGUUUGUCCACCGUGAAAUGGAGGUUUAUCCCCUGUGGUUGUGGCUGUACAAGCUUCCGGUGAAGACGAUGGUGUACCCAGAUCCCGGGUUCGAGCUCCAUCAGAGGCAAGGCGACACGAGCUACGCACAGAUGUUCACCGACAUCGGCGUGUACUACGCCCCUGCUGCUGUCCUGAGGGGCGAGGAGUUCAAUGGCGCGGAGGCUGUGCAUAGGCUGGAGCCAGUGGCGGAGCCAGGGGGUGCUCAAGCCCCCCCUACCACCUUGGCUUCCAUGGAAGCCCCCCCUACAAAUUUUGUGGAGGAAGAAGAAGGAAGGAGAAAAUUUUGAGGAGGAAGAAGAAGGAAUGAGAGGAGGGAGGAGGAAGAAGGAAAGGAGAGCCCCCCCUAGCUCUGGAUCCUGGCUCCGCCGCUGGCUGGAGCAAUGGCUGAUCGAGAACCAUAGCUACCAGCCGCAGUACGCUGUGUCGGAGCUGAGCGAGAGGGACUUUUGGAGGAUGUUCGAUGCGUCGCACUACGAGCACUGCCGCCGCAAAUACGGUGCGGUGGGGACCUUGAUGAGCGUCUACUACAAGUCGAAGAAGGGGAACAAGACAGAGAAGGAGGUGCAGGAGGCUGAAGCUGCCAUCCUGGAGCCUGGGUAUGCUGAGGAGGCCUGAUGAUGGAUGCAUACCAUUUCCACCCACCUUGUGUUGAGAUGCCUGAUCAAUUGUCUGAACAGGAACUAGUAGCAGUAGUAGUCGGGUGAUCCUAGCCUAUGGACCCGGGUUGGAGUCCUUAUUACCUAUUCCUACUUUACUUACGAGUGUUUUAUAUUUCUUUUGUUUCUUGCGUUGCGUGUGAUAAUUCAACUUGUUGUUCGGAGUGCAAGUGUUUUUUAUUCUUAAUAAUAACUGUGAGUGAUUGCAAUUGUUUGGUA